AUCUUUCUAGAAUAGAUUAACGUUUGUAUCUCCAUAUAGAUCUUGACAACGUGUUUCACAAUGAACAUGAACCAUUUAUAAAAAUAAUAAGAGAACCUGCUUUGAAAUGUGUUCUGUUACAUCCUUCCCAAUUAAUCCAACUAUCUUCACGGUCUCCAACCCAUAUCAUUUGAAUAUGUCUCAGUGCUGCUUUGGAGGGUUGAACAGUUAAUGUAAUCAAUUAGUUGUAACGGGUAUAGCUUGGACCCAAUAGCAGCACAGAAUCAGGCAGGUAUAAUUGGUCAUGAAAUUUAUUACGAUACUGUAACAUAGAGUAGUAACACAGGAAUGGGUACACCGUACUCACACAGAGGCUCAGGAUUGAGCGAGGGUUCCGAAGAGGGGCAGGCAGGAGACAUAAUCGGGGUAGCGGAAGGACCGGUGACCAGGAGAUCCAACACACGAUGCAAACAAACCAGCGAGGGACAGACGAAAGGAGAGUCGAAGCCAGGCAGGAAGUCGAGGAGCCGUAGCAGGGAUACACCAAACGGCCCAGGAGAGAGGCAGACAGAAACCAGGAGGUACGGGACGAAGGCCGUGGUCGGGGACAGAAGGCUGAGGUGAUAUCCGGGAAGACGACAGGACGGAAUGGUCAGGGGCAGGCAGGUUCAAAUCCGUGUAGUCAGUCGGGAAAUCGCUGGAGAGUCUUGCAUGAAUGCUGAGAACAAUCUGGCAUUGUGAGAACGGUGAGGAGAGUCUAUAUACCGGGUUAAUUGGUGAUCAGAGGCAACUGAGUGCAACAGGUGAGGAGAGUUGGGCUGAUGAGAGGGGAGUGGCAGGCAGGCGAGGAGAAGGAGGGACUGGUGGAAAAAUACUGGGAGGUGAAGUGGAUGAGAAUGAGGAGAGGGCAGACUGUGACAUUAGUCUUUACGUUACAGUUUUACUUAAUCUCCUAUUUAACUCAUCCUCAUAACUUUCUGCAAAGUCCCAACUUUCCUAGUUAGGAUAUGAACGGUAAACUAAAUCAGGUUUCUACCAACUCCUUCAAACAAAGAAGCACCAACCGCCGGCUAUUGAGCACAUGUGUCUUCUGUCCCUUGCAUGCUCUACAAGGCAUCGCCGGUUCCCGCUGCCUGGGCGGUCGCGCGGCUGGGUCGAGCCGCUGUGUCCAUGGAGACGGGUGGAUACAAAGCGGGGCAGAGUGGCGACCGCUGCAGCGCCGGGUCCCGGCCCGGCCGAUGUACGUUUGCAUCGGGCCUGCUCCGUCUCACUUCUUCGUCGGCGUACAGCGCCGCUUGCUCGAGCGUGUGACUGACCGAGUACUACGAACAUACGCAAAAGUAGGGGAGAGUUUCGUUGCCGGGCCAUUCUGAAUGCAGACGCGAGAGACUGGAGAUGCAGGAAUCUGGAGCAAAUAGAAACUCAGCACGAGUAACUCGGCGGGUGGAACAACAUCAGAUGCAGGCUCACUACCUGAAACGCCCACUGCCCACUGAGUUGCCCCAGCAGUCUGUUUCUGCUCCAUUCACAAGGCAGUGUAUGGAAAAGGUCGGGUGGGUGGUGUUUUUGGUUGCCCAGGAGACUUGCGCUGUCUCGCUAUGCCUGGUCGGAGUGAACUUCCGUGUGGACACAGACCUUCGGACUUACCCGGGAUCUAUCUCGCCAAUUAAACGAAUGGACUGAGCGAUACGGUCGAGGACAAUGGCAACAUGGGUAAACUGUAUCAUUAAUUUCUGAUUUGGGUGUUUUAUUAAUGUUUAUCCCCAGAACGUUUCAGUUUAUAUUUCAGCAACCCGGUCCCAUAAACUAUUUAAAGUCUACUUAGAGUAUCAUGUUUCGUGUCAACAAAAGGGACUGUUGCUUGGAGAAGGGUAGAGAGCUUCCAGUUUCACUCAUUCACUUGCACGGGUGGGGGUGGGAGAGCUACCAAAUUGUAGUACUAUACUGAGUUUUAUUUUUAUUCACUUUGUGUCUCAUUGUGAAAAACAUAAGCUGCCGGAGGAACUGAGCGGGUUAUAAAUAAUUUCAUCUGAAAGCAGCGUUACGGAGGCAGAGGGACAACCGACGUUUCAGGCGCUGAAUUUGUGAAGUUAUCAACAAAAAAAGGAAAAACCAAGAGAAAGAUUAUGAUCCAUUUAAAGUCGUCCGAGGGCUCUCGACCAUUAAAUUCUAAAGAUGUGAACAAGAAUGCAAGGGCGGGAAAAUCAACGCUUUUAAAUUCUGAGACCAUCUUAAAAACAGACUCUCCUCGCACCUGUAAUUUGAAGUCUCUUCGAGCAAAGCGUCUGGCUUACUUUGUAAACCGUAAACAUAACUGCACAAAUUCAUCUACAGCCGAUGCCAAUUUGGGAUUUGAUGACCAACAAGUCACCAUUGAUCACACAAAUAGUGGCCAACAGAGUGAAAAUGUACUUAAAGCUGAGCAAAAUAUUUAUUUGCCAGAAAAAGAGCUUGAUAUCAAUGAGCUAGUUCAACGUACAAAAAUUCAGGAUGCACAGAAGUUCCAUGAUACAAAUUUAAAACCACCACUGAGAAUUUCGAAGAGUGAUGACAAAGCUACUUCCAUGCCAAAACCAGAUUAUCAUUUUCUGGAGAAUCCCACUGUAUCAGAGAUUCAGAAGCUAAGGCAUAUUCUAUGCUGGGCCCAGAAAAUCCUGAAAAAGGGUAAGGAAGUUUCAAAUACCCAAGUAUAUCAAAAUACUCUGACAAUAAAUGAGACAGAAUUGGCUGAGAGCCACUUGAAUCCUGACAUAUCACAACCAACUACUUUUAAUUGGUCUUCAAGUACCAAGAGAAGUAUCCACAGUGGUGCUGCAAGCAGCAGAUUUGAUAAUACCAAUUACUCGUCAGAAAUUGCUGCCGAUAGCUGCAGUUACCUUGAUUUCUUAAGGCCAAGUAGUAGCGUGGAUCAGACAUCUUCCUUCACUACCACCCUGACUGAUGUGCAGGAACAAUGCACAUCGACAAAUACUGGCUAUUCAAGCAAUCAUUAUUUUGAUUCUAAUAAUAUUUUGGAUAGAAAAUAUAGUGAGCAAGUAAACGCAUAUGAUAUUACAAAUGAAAAUUGCCAUUCUGUGACUAGUGAUGUGAGUGGACUUAAAAGCGAUAAUUAUUUUUGGAUUCCCCUGGAGGAAAAGUCGGAUGAUAAAUAUGUCACUGAAAACAGACCAAAGAAAGUAUCUGUGGAACAUUUUGUAAAAAGCAAUAAUGAUCCACUGUUGUGCAAUAGUUACAAUCAUUACCAUCAAAAUAAUAGCGAAUCAAUCUCAUCAACCCGAACAAUUAUACAUAGAAAAUCUCCAAUAACAUAUUACAGUUCAGAAGUUUUGGCAAGCCCUGAUAAUCAGCAUGACUGUGCACCACACUACAUCAGUAGUAAGAAUGGUAACAAUAAUAAUAAUUGGGAGCCAACUUUAUCAGCCAGAACGGUUAUACUUAGAAAAGCUCCUGUAACACAUUGUUACAGUUCAGCAGAUAUAUUGGCAAAUCCAGUUAAUCUGCAUAAUGCUGCACAACAUUCCAAAUUAAUUGUUUAUGAUAAAGAAAGACAUAAUUAUGCGUGGGAGGCCGAAAGAGUAGAACAAUACUCGGGAGGUUACCAGAAGCUUUCACUGGAAGAUUCAAAUAUUGCUGACAUACCUGGAGAUUCACUAAACCUGGCAGAUGCUGGUUUUAAUUUAAAAUCAUCAAUUACUUUAACGACUAUUCCAACCCCUUGUAAAGGAAUGACUGAAAGUUCAAAUAUAGCAACAACAAUAAAUGCCAAAGAGAAUGGGACUAAGCUAGUCAGAGCUUCCCAAGAAAAUUCAAAUAGUGGCCAGUUACCUGAAAAAUGUAGGAACUUGUGCAUUAUCAAUUCAGAUGAAACUUCACUUGCAUAUUCAUCAAUAUCUCAAAAUUAUUGUGGUGAUAUAAUAUUGGACAAAAGAGGGAGUGAAAAUUUGCCAACUUUGGAAAGUUAUCUAUCAAAGAAAGAAACAAAUUGUAAUAAUGAAGAAAACAAAUUGAGACACCAAAUAGCUGAGACUAGGGCACAAAGUAGUUUUAAAUUAUCUUCAGUGCUUUUGCCAUCAUUGUAUGAAUUCAACGAUUCAAUAAAGCCCAGCCUGUAUUUAGAAAAAGAGGAGCCUACAGAAAGUGAGAGAGGACAAAUCACAGAAGAAAGUUGUGGCUCCUUCCUCACUGCAAAUAAUCUGGUCAAAAUUUGCCCUGAGUGCAAAAGUGGUAAUAGUUCAACUGUUAACUGGUGCACAGAAUGUGGAUGUGUUCUGAUUGGGAUUCCACCACUGUUUGCCAGCAAUGUUGAUGGAAGAGCAUUCACGAAUCCCAGGGAUACUCCUAAUAAAGAGGAAAUCGACAUGUUGGUAGCAUUGGCAACAGAAAGAUUAAAAGAAAGCACUGGAAUUGUUGAGCCUGAGAUUUAUGAUUUUAAAGAUUCAGAAGAUAGCACAUGUUUCUCUUCAGAGCUGUGUGAACCUCAGCUUAGUGUAUAUGAGAGAUAUCUUUUAUACAUGGAAAACUUGGAAAAACUACGAGGCCCACAUCAAACAAACCAACAGCAGCAGACAGAUAUCCUUCCAAUAAAGGGAAACACAAAGCAGACAGAAACAAUUGAUGAAGACAACAGCUCCUAUGGAAAGCAUGAACUUGAAAAUAGUAUUACCACCUCAUUCAGGGUGUCGACAGAUUUCCCCGAUCAAACCUAUAGGAAAUAUGCUGUUUAUGAGCAAGAUUCUGAAGACAACUCAAUUCCCGCGUUAGCCAUAGGAACGAUAUCUUCGGGAGAAAAUGUACCAGGAUUUCCAGUACUGCAUUGUGGUUUUCAGGAGAAAAAAUACUUGCAACAAAAGAACAAUGAUGAAACAUCGAAGAACAUUUCACACGGAGUUGUUUUGAAGCAAAAUCGUGGAAAUCAGGAUUUAACUUCUUUGGAAUAUGAGAACAAUAAAGAAACUUUCAAAGAUGCAGAGAAAAGGCCCAAGAGGAGAAAAAACAUCCAGGCAAGCAUUAAUCGAUAUCAAAGAUGUUGGGAGAAGUCUAGUAUCGCAUGGUCAUCCUAUACCCAUGGAGGUACAAAGACCAGGUCAAUACAAAUAAAUCACUCAGGACCAAUUGCAGACUGUCAGGGAAAGAAAGGAAAACCACUGCCACAUGAUGGUCCUUCAGCUGUGAAAAUGAUGAACAGUAAGGGGCCGGGAAAGCAACACAUCAAAAGGCCCUUAAGUGCUAAUAUUCUGGACAAUAAACAAGCACCACAAGGAGCACGCAAAUCUAAAAUAUUCUUUCAAAAUGCAACAGUGGCUGGAAGGCCAACGACAAAACCUCGUGAAAUCUCUACUUCUUUCAGGAACAAUGCUUCACAAUCCUGUGACAAGCUGAAUUCUCGAGGAGAUGAUAACCAUUCACCAUGGCUUUACCUGCCUGAUGAGAUGUGGAUUAGAGUUUUUACCCUGUUACCACACCGGGACCUCUGUCAAGUUGCCCAAGUCUGCUACUGCUUCCACCGCCUGGCAAACGAUGAAACCCUGUGGAAGAAUAUUAAAGUUGAAAAUAGUAACUGUUUGAAUGAUGAAUGGCUUAAGAACAUUGGGCAUCACCAACCACAAAGUCUCAGCCUCUGUCGAUGCAACGACAGGACAAAAUCCAUCACUGACUCAGGAUUAAGGGAGCUGUUCAGGCGUUCGAAGGAUUCACUUAAGGAACUCUACGUUACAUGCUGCAGUGGACCUAAGCUGACAGGGGACUCAAUUCUACUCCAUGCAAGUGCAGUUUGUCACAAGCUAACUUCUGUGGAUGUCAGUUGGACAGCAGCUACAGAUGCUGGAAUUAUAGCACUUGCUCAUUCGUCUUCAUGUCUUUACAGACUCCUCGUCAAUGGAUGCCAUCUCACAGAUGAAAGUAUCAAUAUUUUGAUUAAAAAGCAUGGAAAAAGUCUAAAAGAGCUGGAACUGUUUGGAUGUCAUGAACUAAAUACACACUGCUUGACCCACAUGGCUCAGGAAUGCUUAAACCUGCAGAUUCUGAACAUCGGUCGAAUCCCGAAGCUUACAAUGCCUUGUUUGAUACAGAUAGUGACCAGUUUGAAAAAUCUAAGAGCUCUGUAUUUAUCUGGUUUGAAUGCGGUUUGUGAUUCGGUUGUGCAUCACACUGCCAGACAAUGCCCAAAAAUGGACCGCCUCAUUCUCAGCUCCUGCCCUCAGCUGACAGACAUCAGUCUUUUUGAAAUAGGAACCUAUUUGUCUACCAUAAGGUACCUUGAUGUCAGUGGCUGUAAGAAGGUUACAGAUACAGGAGUUCAGGCUAUAGCUUUGAGCUGCCGCAAGUUGCAAUAUCUGGACCUUAGUUCCACGGGAACUGGCAAAUAUGGAAUUUGUUUACUUGCAUCUUAUUGCAAUCAGAACUUGGAAUGCGUGAAACUCAGCUUCUGCAAAGAAAUAACUGAAGAUGCCUUAAAAAAAUUGUGUAGAAACUGCAAACAACUAAAGUUGGUUCAUCUCUAUGGAUGCCAAUCUGUCCAUAAUCUGAAGGCAAUUCAGGCCGUGAACAAGCAAGUGAAGUUGCACCAUGAUCUUCCACCCUGCAGUGCCAAAGAUCAAGAAUGUUAAAAACAUGCAUGUAAAGAUCACUGAUGUAAUGCCAUAUUUUGGCAUAGGUGCUCCCACACAAUGCAUCACCAUGCCAACUGUGAAGAGAUUCUUACUGUGGUUGAAAGGAACUGUGCUGUAUACCUCUCUGUUGUCCAUUUUAACUCCAUUUAAUGUUUAGAUGGGGAUGCGGGAAGUCUUUUUUAUGUCAUCGAUUAAAUAUAAAUAAAUUUAAUUGGAGCAAACUAUUUUGACGAGGAAUUUAUUCUGCAAUAUUUGCUUUUAACCACAAUGCGCAUUAUUCAUUAUACAUUCAUUUGCUUACAAUGAACACAGACAGACAUGCAUAUUUUGCUCAGUGGAAUCUUUGAUUAUUUUCUUACAUCCACAUGGCACUCCUAUGCUUGGAUCACAUAGAGCAUGCAGGGAUGACAACAAUUUCUGAUGAAUUGCCCAGAUGGUGCGAUGCCACCAACCAUGUUCAGUUGGUUGCAUUGCAUGAAAUUAUAUCAUGAAAACAUAAUCAAUGUACAGUGUAUAUUUUACCAUAUUUUAUUCAUCAUGUCAGAGAGAAUUAGACUUGGAAGGUAGACACAAAAUGCUGGAGUAACUGAGCGGGUGAGGCAGCAUCUCUGGAGAGAAGGAAAAGGUGAUGUUUUGGGUCAAUACCCUUCUUCAGACUGAUUUGGACUUGGAUAUCUACUUCUUGCUUCCUUAUUUCUAGGAAUAUUUCUCAUAUUCCUCAUGGCAUAGUUGGUUACUCUUAAAGCAAUCCCAUUCUUUUAGUCAUGCAGCAGGGGAAAAAGCCCUUCAGUCCAACUCAAUCAUGCUGACCAAGGUGUGAAUGGUGUAAAUGAGGUGUAAAUGUAAAUGGGAAGUGGAAUCCAAUUGAUGUAUUGUUAAUGGGCAGCACAGUGACCCAGUUGCCUCAUCGCGUCAGAGAUCCGUGUUCGAUCCUGAUUUCUGAUACUGUCCGUGUGGGUCCUGUAACUGGGUGGGAUUCCUUCAGAUGCCCUGGUUUCCUCACACAUCCCAAAGAAUUGUGGGUUAUAUGUUAAUUGGCCUCUGUAAAUAGCCUCUGGUUUGUAUGGAGUGGAUGUAAAAGUGGGAUAACAUAGAAUCAGUGUGAAUAGGUGACCAAUGGUUAGUGUGGACUUGGAGGGCUGAAGGGCCUGUUUCCACACUGUAUCUCUAAUUGAAACUAAGCUAAACUAAAUUAAAUAUUCCUCUUCAACAGAUACUUUAUAAACUAUGUGGUAGUUUUUAACAAAUUCUCAUUGCAGGAAAUUUAAUUAGCUUAAGCAAGCCACUGAGAUAUUAGUACCAUGGCAAUGGCUGUAAAACAAGCUUGUGAAACCAUAGAAACAGUAAGCAAAGGCCACAUCCUGGAGUUCUGAGACAGAGAAGAGUAUGUCCUGUACAUUGUCACGCCUUAAAACAGAUUCAAAACAUUCCAGGUCUUUAAAGUGUUGGCACAAAAUUAACAAAGUGCCUUCACUUAAAACAACGUUUUGAAUUGAUCGCUUAGAAAAUGUAGAAUGUUUCUUAAAAAGUAAGCUAAGGAGGUAUUUCAAAUAAUUAUUUUGUUAUUCAGGAAAACUAAGCAGAACUAGCUUUGAUAAAUCAGACCCAAAUGACAUUAUGCAAUCUAAUGGAGUUUUGACAGUAUGUUGUGCUACAGUAAACAGAGAAUAUAAAGUUUGCCAAACGACUUUUAAUAAAGUUCCAAAUACCUUGGAAGUCUCAUUUCUCGCACGUCAUACCUUCUAAUGAAAUAGAAAGAGGCCAUUUGGCCCAUUAAUUCUAUGCCAGUUCUUGGAACUCCCGAGACUCAGACGGACCAAAUUACACAGAGGUAACAUUGUAGCCAAUUAACCGUUGAGUGAACUUUUAACACAUUUAAGGAAAUAGGCUACAUGGGAGAAAAUCCACUUCAUCAAGGGGAGAAUAUGCAGACUGCACAUGGAAAGAACUCAAAAUCAGGAUCGAAUUGCCACACCACUGAGCAGCCUGGAGUUAUAACAAAAUUAACUUCCUUGUACUAAAGUAUCAUGCAGGCUGGCUCAUGGUGAAACAUGUGCCUCAUUCAAGUAAGGAUUUAAAUAUGGUUAAAUCACAGCUUUAUACCUUUGUAAAGUAAAGUAAAGUAGCCUUUAUAGUCAUUCAGACCUUGUGGUCUGAACGAAAUUCAGUUACCUUGCAGUCCUACAUAUAGUAAAAAUGACAAAAACACCCAAUAAACACAAAUUAACAUCCACCACAGUGAGUUCACUAGGCACCUCCUCACUGUGAUGGAAGGCAAAAGUCUUAAGUCUUUGUCUCUUCCAUCCUUAUUCUCCGUCUGCGCCGAGGCGAUCCAGGCUUCGGACGUUGUGACCCUGCCGGGUGAUGGUAAGUAAUGUCGGUCCCGCGGCUGAAUCCGAGCUCCGCGAAUGGGCCGGUUCAACUCCGCGGCCCGGGGUGGUCGAAGCUGCCACCCUCCAGUCCAGUGGACGCAGCUGUUGUUGCGGGAGCUCCGGAGAACAGGUCACCAACCUGGGACCUGCAAGCUUCCGUCGAUGUCGUCCACUGGGCCCGUGGCCGAGUCCACCGGGCUCGCGACCGAUCCUCCGAGGUCGGGUCGCCGCAGCCGCUGCCCCAGCUCAGAGGUCGGGUCACCGCAGCCGCUGCUGCUGCCGCAGCCACUGCACCAGCUCCGUGGUCGGGUCGCCGCUGCCGCCGGAACACCACAGCUCCGGAGUCGGACUGCUGCCGCUGGAACGCUGCCCCAGCUCCGAUGUCGCCAGCUCCGCUAUUAGGCCUAGACGGAGAUGGGGGAUACGACAAGAGAAGUCGCAUCCCCCCGAACGAAGAGACCAAAAACAUGUUUCUCC